GUCCUUGCUCCCGCUCGUGUCUCGCGCGUGUCCUCUUGCUUUCCCCAUCCUCUUCUCGUGAUCUUCGUUUCCUCAGGCUUUCACUCUCUUCUCCAGCUUCCAACUCGCUCUCCGCUGGGUGAUGAAGACGCAUUGAGCCGUCUGCCGCUCUUCUCUCGUGGGAGAGGAAACCUUCGAGAGGCGUUUGUUCCUUUGUCUGAGAGCGCGUUCCCAUGCAUUACUUUCUGUUCUAUUACUGGGUCCUGCUCCCAGUCUUUCUUGUGUCAGCUGUUUCACACGUCUCGCGGUCACUUCCCACGGCCUCUUCCUCUCACCCCCUCGAGGACGCCAUCAAGGCACUGCGAAUAGAGCAGAAUAGCGCCCAGGCAUCCUUUUUUGUUCCUUGCCUCAAUUGUAUUGGCGGUCCAUCAGGACUCCUAAACCAGUCCUUCUUAUUCAACCUCGAAGCAUUCCCGUCAGAGCAACCUUGUGGAUAUAAUAACGUUUCACUUAACGGCAUCCCCUUACUCCAGAAUUGGGAAUCUACCGGCAUCCACGGUCAAGCCUCUGCAUCCCUCAACUCGUCUGGACAUGCAUUGAGCGUUCUCGUCACUUCCGACUGUCUUCACGGUGUCGGUCAGGACGAGGACGACGACGUCGCGAAAAGCCAACUACUUACUCUCACUAUCCAAAAGGUCGACCAGGAGCAGGUGCAGUCCCUCGCUGGUUUCACACUCUCGUUCAAGCAACAUCCUUUCCCUGAAUUACUUCGUCUCUCUUUGGCGCCCGAAUACAGCGCUCGUGACUUACCUGACUCUGAGACUUGGCGUGAUCCUCCUAGCAGCGUGCGCCUUCCUGCGUCGAUUCCUGAAGACGCCAGCCCCCUGGACGACUCUGAAUCAUUGUCGCUCAAAGAACAACUAAGGGAACUCCAGGAGCUCGAGGACAAAGCGAACGAACUUGUCCGCCUCAUCCAAGAGAAGAAGGAUCUCAUCAAUUUGCGGUUUCCGAAAGCUACAAAGGGGCUCAAGCAGGAGAUUGAAAGCUGCGAGUCAUUUCUUUGCGUAGUGAAGGCGAUUGGUCGCCGCGUGCACAACGCUGCCCACGCCGCGUACAUCCGAUUCCACUCUUCACAUCAGCCAUACGCUAGUUGGCACGCCUCCGCAGGCGGACAGGCGCCGACCAUGUUGGCUUCAGAGGCGGUGGCAGUAGCGGCACCUGAGCAAUGUCACGUUCACAAAGGUCGCCCGUCAGAACGUCCCCCUCCAUAUCGAGGACCCUUGACAGCACCGAGGGAGAAGUCACCAGCCCAGAACUACACCCAACCUUCAACAGGCGAGCCUAAAUGGCGAGAUGCGACAGACCCUUCCAUCUUUAUUGUUGUCCUUAAGUUUCUUGCUGUCGUUACCGGUCUCGCAUUCCUCUUCAGCCUACUUCGACGAUGCUGCAUGUCUGACCGGAAACGUGCGGAAAGAGCAGCCGAACGCGAACGCCGAGCAACCGAGCGUCUAUACAAGUGCGCUGCGAGAAAGCAGUCGUGGCGAGACUGGUGGACUGGUCGGAAGAGGGGCAAGCCAGGCUACCGGCAGGGCGACUACGAGGAGAAGCGCGCCCUAAUCCUCCAGCAGGAGCAUAUAUUAGAAGGUGCAAUGCAGGAUGAGAUACAGCAAUUGCGAAUAAGAGAGGAGAUUAGGCAGCUACGUCAGACUCGCGAUGCCGUCGAUGACCUUGUGCGCGCUGAGGAAGGAAGAAGCGUUCUUCCACUCUAUUCUGCUUCAGCCUCCUCGCCGCACACAUUUUAUCCCCGUCCUAUUCCUGCUCCUAUCACGAUUCCACCCGCCACCUCACGGAUGUACCCGGUACAUGACUCCGACGAACACCCCCCUACACCUUUAUCACGGACAAGUAGCCUUCCCGGUUACAAGACCGAAGGCUCUGAGCCCCCCGGCUACGAGUCGGAUCGCCGCAGCAGCUUCUCCAGCCAUGACGGCGAUGGCUUCUCAGAGUACGCCCACAGCGUUCGCACCACUGAGUCACAAUGGUCUCCGGAUAGUAGUAUUCCAGAUUUGAGUCCACGGCCUUCCAUGGAGACAGCUCUUACCGUUGAAACUGCGCGCACCUUCCUCUGACUUUCCUAGAUAACAUUUCUGCCUUUUCCCCCAAAACUACGAUUGUGCGUAGCAUUGUCACCUCUUUCAUGUCUUGCUCGAGGCUUUUUUUUUCUUUAGUUGAUACUCAUUGCUGCUUACUCACUAGUGCGCUUAGCGUGCGGUCUUGUUUCCUUGAUCUUUUUUUCUCUCCGCAUCGGCUGGCAUUUCAGCAUGGAUGCAUCCGCGGUUCUUGGACAUAAGCUGCUUGGUGUUACUUCUUACGAGUGAAAUGUGGGCAUGGAGUCCUGGGCUUACUUUCUAUUCCACCUGGGUCGUCGCGGAGUACGUGGGUAUCACGGAGCAAAUGAAAAGGGGGCAUAUAUGGGUGGAUAUAAUAUGACUUCCCUAAGCGGGUUGCGUACACGCAAAAGAGUCAAAUGCUGCAAUAGCACGAAGCUACAGCAAUAGAAUUGAUUUGUAUCAAAAACAAAUUUCUUUGGCUUAACAUCGUUCACUUUUUGUUUCAGGUGAGGAUUAGGCCAUUAACAGCAGGCUUU